AUAUUUAUUACACAGUCCAUACGCGUUUUAUUCAGUUCUGAUACAGACGAAGAUCGAAUUUGUACGUACUACGUGAUAUGUUUAGAGUGUUUAUUUCAUGUUAGAGUUAAAUUUUGUUUUGUUUAACGACACCACAAAUUGCACAAGAGUACAUUGAUUCGGUGUUGGAGUACACCGACUGUCGUGAAAGGGAAGACUCGAGGAAAAACAUCUGUAUGUUAGAGGAUCUCACAACUCUUUGAAUGAUGUCAGACGACAGCCCAAAGAAGAUGAAAUAUUCCGAAGAGGAAUAUUUAGAGCAAAUCAUAGAAAUAUUGAAGCCGAUAUUUGAAACAUAUCUUCAACCAGCAGAUAUACUUCCUGACAUGCCGUUAUUAGAUGAUACAUUGAAGGAAGAUCUAAGGCUACUAGUGGAUAAUGGUUUACGCCAGCAGGCGGUGUCUCAAAUGAUAGCUGAAGUUAAUCAGUAUGCAGAAUGCAGGGAGCAGUUUGUCAAAGCUUUACGGAAACAUGAUUAUCAACGCUUUUUGGACAUUAUUGAUGACAAGCAUGUCGACCCUUACCGACAGAGCAUCAGUGAUGUGUUUGCAGUACUUCUCAGGUGGAUGGAAGGAGACCUUCAGUUUAAAAUUGUUCCAUCUAAUGUCAUAAUAUUCAUGAAAGACAUUAUAUCAGAAUCAGAAUAUGAACAACUUAUCAGAAAAGAAGAGAGGGAAGGACCCAUCAAAGCGUUUCAGUUCUUUUUUCCAUUGAUUAAAAACAAACAUUCUGAUUGGGCAGCAAAAUUUGUAAAAGCUAUUUAUAAUCAUGAUGAACGAAAUGGACCUCUACUGGUGAAACAAAUUGUACCUGAAUUACUUGAAAACCGGGCAUUGCUAAGCUUGGAUGGAGACAGGAGUGAAGAUUUUGAAGAAUCGAUGCCGCAAGAUGAAGAACUUAAUUCAUGUGAUGGUCAACAGAACAGUCAGUUAUCAGAUGCCAGUUGUACAGCAAGUAGUACCAUGUCACCACAAUCUGACCCUGGUGUCACGCAGGUCACAGAAGUGGUGUCUGAGGCCAUUGGCGGUGAAUGCCACUCGACAACUCAUCAAGUUGGCAACUUGCAGAUUGUGAGUGAGGAGAGCGAGUGUGACAGUGAAGGAUUUUCUGAUGAAGAAAAACAAGACAGAGAAGGUAAGGAAAAGUCUGAGACUGGAGAAGACGAGGUGGAGGAUCUACACAUGAGGCAGUAUCAGCUAGAGCUGGCAAAGAAUGCCAUCAAUGGUCAGAACACGAUCAUCUGUGCACCCACUGGGUCGGGCAAGACUAGAGUGGCUCUCUACAUCAUAAAGAACCAUCUGGAAAAAAUGCCACCAGAUGAAAGGAAAGUGAUAUUUUUGGCUCGCACUGUUCCCCUUGUAACACAGCAACACUCAGCCUUUGUGAGACACCUCUCUGAUGACUACAGAAUUCUGCCCAUGUCGGGGGAGAAUGAGGACAGUGCUCAUCUGCAUCAUCUUCUAAAGAAUUACGACAUCAUUGUGCUGACUCCGCAGAUUCUGGAGAACCACUUCAAGAUGAACAAGAUCAAUUCACUGUCUACGUUCAGUCUGAUGGUGUUUGAUGAGUGUCAUCACACGCGCAAGGGCGAGCCCUAUAACAAGCUCAUGCAGAGAUACAUCAAGGCAAAACUGAGGGGCAAAAAUACAAAGUUACCUCAGGUAGUUGGCUUAACAGCAUCACUUGGAGUGGAAAAAGCCACAACCGACGAAGAGGCAAAACUAAGUAUUUUGAACUUGUGUGCCAACAUGGAUGCACAGAGCAUUUCAACUGUGGAAAAUAACAAGGAAGAACUUUUGAAAAUGGUGCCCGUUCCUGAAGAAAAGUCUGUGCCACUCAAUGAAAAACGCAAUGAUCCUGGGAGAAACGAGAUUGAGAAGAUAAUGAUGAAAAUUGAAGAAAUGUUAAUAGAUGAAAAUGAUUUGGAUGACCGAAGCAUUGACAGACUUCUGAUGUCCCUUCCAAACGACAGGAAUUGCCAGGCCUAUGGUCAGUGGGCUGUCCAGUUGCGAAAUAGAGCCAGAUUGGCAAUAACAACUGAAAAACAUGAAACUAAAAAUGCUGAAAAGGAAAAAAUGGCUCGGAUUAUUUUCAGUUUAGCUGAGAGUUUAAUUGUUUACAAUGAAGCUCUGGAGAUCCACGACAUAGUCCAUAUUCGAGAUGUCCUUGAUUAUCUGACCAAGAAAUUUCAUGUCUGUUUUGAUCACACCCAUCUGCCAAAAGAGAAUCAACUCCUUGAAAUGUUUAAAGAAUUAAAAAAAAAUCUGAUGAAGUUGCAAAAAAAUGGAAAUAACCCCAACCCAAACCUGACUAUCUUGGCGAGUACGCUGGAAACGUUGCUGAAAGAGAAAGGAGAAGAUGGCAGGGGAAUAAUAUUUGUCCGAACUCGUGCCACUUGCUACGCUCUUACCAACUGGUUCAGCACUGAUGAGGUCAGUGACAUGUUGAAGAGAUUGAAUGCCACACCUUUUACAGGAUCUGGAGCUCAUGAGGAGGAAGGAGGAAUGACACAGAAUGACCAAGAAACAAUUAUUAGCAAGUUUAAAUCUGGGUCGAUUAAACUUAUUGUUGCAACAUCAGUGGCAGAGGAAGGACUGGAUAUCCCAGAAUGCAACAUUAUACUAAAGUACAACCAUGUUGGCAAUGAAAUCUCAACAAUACAAACCAGAGGGCGAAGUCGUAAAGCUGGUGGAACAUCAGUUCUCCUGGGAAGCAGCAAAAUUCGCCAGAAGGAGAUGUUGAACAUUGCCCGUGGCAUCAUGAUGGAAAAGGCGAUUGUUACCGUCAAGAGCAUGGAGAGAAAGAAAUACCAGGAAAGGAUUUUAAACAUGCAACAGGAAUCGCUGAUGAAAGAAGACAUCAAGGAAGAAGUGCGUCGCCAUCUCACCAACAGAAAGACGGGCGGCGAGUUCACACUUGUUUGCAGUCGCUGCCGACAGUACUGCACCGCCAGCACCGACCUGCGCACCAUCAAUAAGACACACCACGUGGUGAUUGGAGAUGACUUCAAUGCCAAGGUGCAGAUAAUGCCCGACAAGAACCAGAAGAAACCUUUCGAUGGAAUCCGCAUCACGGGCAAGAUCCGGUGCCGGAAAUGUCACAGUCUCUGGGGAGUGAUGUUCAUCUACCAGGGCGUGUCAUUCCCGUCGCUUGGCAUCAAGUACCUGUCUGUGAUUGAUGCAGACGGCAUGCCGAAGAUGUACAAGAAGUGGAUGGAGGUUCCAUACACUAUCCAUGAGAUUGGGCUGGAUGACUUCAAAAAUGUUUUACAAAGUAGAUCGCAGGCUGAGGAAUCCUCAGAAGAGGAAGCUGGAUCUCGAGCCAAGGGUGGAUCCGAAUCACAAGCCGAGGGUGGAUCCGGAUCACAAUCAGUAACUGGAUCAGGAUCACAAACAGGAACUGGAUCAGGAUCACAAUCAGGAACUGGAUCAGGAUCACAAUCAGGAACUGGAUCAGGAUCACAAACAGGAACUGGAUCAGGAUCUCAAGGAUCACAAGGAUCAACUGGACCAGGAUGCCAGGUAGCAGGCGGAGCUGGACAACCUUCAUAUAACAGAAUGGAAGAAGAUGCCCAGAAUGAAGUGGACAAAAAUGUCACAGAGGAAAUGGAAAAAGAUUCCCAGACUGAAAAAAAAGAAAUCUUUGUAAGGGGAGAACCAGAUGGAGGUUACUAAUGUUACACAAGUUAAAAAUGAGACAGCCACUGCUUCUUGUGCUAUGCUAAUUAUUAGUCAUUAUGUUUCUAUGGACAUUUUCCCAUUGAUGACCAAUUUUGGAUUUUUUUUUUUUAAUAUCUAGGCCCAAUGUGCUUUUUUUUUUUUCUUUUUUAAAUUAUUUUAUCCAUUAAUAUAUAUCAGGAUUCUUAAGCAAGACAUUCCAUAAUGUGACAAGAAGUUAACUUUAAUGUUUGUUUUGUUUAACGACACCAUUGGAAUAACAAAAAAACACAAAGUAUUAUCUCAGAUGUUGAUUGGCUAAAACUAAUUCAGUGUAAACAUUUCCAUUACCCUUGAUGAAAAACAUUUUGCACAAACAUUAAAAAACGUGUAUAGGCAUAUAUAUUGAUUGAAAUGUAACAAUGUGUAAUGAAUUGUGCAUUGCAAUAUUUAAUUCAAAUUUUAUUUUUAUUUUAUUUUUGUCAAAAAUUUACAUUUUAUACUUUAAAGUAGCAGAUCUUAGUUUGAACCUUUGAAAAUAGACACUUACAUUAAAUUAAUCCACAAACCUGUAACACAUCUGGAUAAAGUUGCAAUAGAGUGAAACAUUAGUCUGUGAUGUUGAAAUGGGGGAAAUACCUUCUAAAAAUAGACUUUGAGCUACCAGUAGUCUCUUUAAAGGCAUAUUGUCACAGACCACUGACCUUUUAAAUGGUCUAACAAAGUAUUAUGUAAAACAUAUGUAUUUCAUUUGUCCCUAAAUGUACUUUAUUCAACAAUCUAUGUAACCACCAUGCUCCACAUAUUAAUGAUAUUUUGUAAAAAAUAAAUGAAUUAUGGCAAUGGUCCAUAAUUUAAAACUUAAUAUUGCCAAGAUGAUUGACAUGGAUUUCACUCCAUCAUGGUUUAGUUAAGGUGAGUCAAUAGCCAGAUUUGGUUUCUAAACAUUGAUGUAAUUUUCAUUUAUUAUCCACUUUUGGAGAAAUAAGGUCCUUAAAUCUGUGACAGUAUGCCUUUAACUGUUACUUCUCAGAAGUAUGUGGAUUUUUAGAAUUAUGAAAACUGUAUUUC